CCCCGCGCCCGUUGGGUCAGGUGUCAAGCAGUGUCAAGUAGCCGGAUCAGCUGACUCAUUGACAGGGCAGCUUAGAGGGAUAGGUUAUGGCUUUUUUUCUGGCUCGCUCGCGCCAGCCAGUUAUCGCCUCUUGGGUUUUUAUCAGAGCGAGGGGCGAGUAUGCAGUCAGCCGCGAAGUCUGAGUAGCUUGUCAUUCCGCGCGUUCAUUGCCUUUAUUUUCUGAGGUAAAAAAAGACUCCCACUUUUGGAGAACAUUUAAGAAAAUGGUGUUGUGCAUCUUGGCAACUGUAUGGGUUUUUAUCCAUGAUUUAAUAGACAAAAUCAUUAACUACAUUUUCGCCUACCUAUACAAUGGGAAGAAGAAAAAUAUCCCUCCAAUUACUGAUCCAAUUCUUUUGAAGAGUGCCACUGGAUUGGCUGAAGCAAUUCGAAAACGAGAGCUUACGUCGGUUGCUGUUGUGAAAGCAUUUGCCAAGAGAAUCAAGGAAGUGAAUGGUAUCCUCAAUGCUGUGGUAGAUGACAGAAUUGAAGCUGCCAUUAGGGAUGCAGAAGCAGUGGAUAAAAUGCUGGACACAGGUGCUGUAUCUGAAAAAGAAGCACAAAAGACGAAACCAUUCCUUGGUGUGCCUUUUACGACCAAAGAAAGUACAAGUUGCAAAGGAAUGAACUUCUCAAUGGGAAUGGUUGCUCGCCGAGGUCUCAAAGGAGAGGCAGAUGCUGAUGUCGUCAAAUUUCUGAAAGAAGCGGGUGGAAUCUUAAUUGCAAUUACAAAUGUUCCUGAAUUAAACCUAUGGUGUGAAACUCGAUGCAACGUUUAUGGUCAGACAAACAAUCCAUACGAUACAACCCGCACAGUGGGAGGCUCAUCAGGAGGGGAGGCAGCUAUUCUGGCAGCAUGUGGAUCACCAUUUGGCAUUGGCUCAGAUAUUGGAGGAUCAGUACGAAUGCCCGCUUUUUACUGUGGAAUUUUCGGUCACAAGCCUACUACAGGACUUACAUCCAUCAAGGGAAUAUCAUUUCGCACUGGUCUGGAAACUCACUCUAUGGUCUGCUGUGGUCCUAUGUCCAAGCAUGCUGAGGAUUUGGAUCCUUUCCUUCGAGUCAUGAUUGGCAGCAAAAUUGGACAGCUCCAGCUGGACGCAAAGGUAAAUUUCAAGGAAUUGCAUGUUAUGUAUGUAGAAGAGUCAGGUGAUCCUCGCGCUAGCAGUGUGAACGAUGAGACUCGACAAACAAUGUUGAAAGCAGUGCAUCAUCUGGAAACUCUCAGCACUUUUCCAGUCGAAAAGCUGAAUCUAUCUGGAUUUAAAUACUGCUUUCGACUUUGGCGUUACUGGAUGACUAAGGAGGGUGGAAACUUUGCCAGAGAUAUUACAAAUCGUCAAAGUGAAGUCAACGUUUGGAAAGAACUGCCCAAGCUUAUAGCAGGGUGCAGUGACCAUACUCUGCCCGCUAUGCUUAAAUUGCUGGAUACAGCUGUCUUCCCUCCAGAAAAUAGUGAAUGGGCUGAAAGUACCAAAGCACGCCUUCAAGAUGAGCUACUAAACAAACUUGGACGUAAUGGCGUCCUCUUGUUCCCGAGUCAUCCUUUCCCUGCUAGCUACCAUUACACAUCUUUCUUGAGGCCGUACAAUUUUGGAUAUUGGGCCAUUUUCAAUGUUCUCAAGUUUCCAGUGACCCAAGUGCCUAUAGGAGUUGACAAAGACGGAUUGCCUCUUGGUAUUCAGGUUGUUGCCGCACCUUUCCAGGAUCAUCUCUGCCUGGCUGUGGCACGAGAGCUAGAAAAGGCCCUUGGAGGAUGGGUUGCACCUUGCCCUGUGAAAACCAUGUAGGAAAGGUGAAACGCUCCAUUUUCAGUACUUCCAACUAAGGCUUUAUAGUGAUGCAUCAGUAUCAUCUCAUACUCAGUACAUUCAAGUUUUAUAAUUUGCAUGAUGCAAUUGGAACCAUCCUAUUAUAAUGUUUCAAUUUUAUCCAAGUAUAUUCAAGUUUUAAAAUUACAUGAUGCAAUUGGAACCAUCCUUUUUUAAUGUUUCAAUUUUAUCCAAACUAUUUAUAGUUGCAGGAAACGGUAUUGGUGUCUAGUAACAAAGCAAUCUUUUUGUAAUUUGAAUUUUAUAUUAUCCUUUUUUAUUAAA